CGUGCUGAGGUCUGAAAUCCGAGAUCCCUCGCAGCCUGGAGCUGGUGAGGUCCCAGUAAAAGCUGUUUGCCUGCUUUCCCUUCCCGAGCAGUCACACCGCUGCGCUGGCCUGGGCAGCAUGGAGCGAGCACCCUGGACACUUGUAGGACUUACUCUUCUCCAGCUCCUGCUCAUCUCCUGCUUGCCAAGAGAGUACACAGUGAUCAAUGAAAACUGCCCAGGAGCUGAGUGGAAUAUCAUGUGUCGGGAAUGCUGUGAAUAUGACCAAAUCGAGUGCAUCUGCCCAGGACAGAAACAAAGAGUGGGCUACACCAUUCCCUGCUGUAGGAACGAGGAGAACGAGUGUGACUCCUGUUUAAUCCACCCAGGCUGUACCAUCUUCGAGAACUGCAAGUCCUGUCGCAAUGGCUCCUGGGGAGGGACACUUGAUGACUUCUACAUCAAGGGAAUCUACUGUGCAGAGUGCAGAGCUGGCUGGUAUGGAGGAGACUGCAUGAGGUGUGGGCAGGUUCUUCGGGCUUCUAGAGGUCAGAUUUUGCUGGAGGGUUACCCACUGAAUGCACGAUGUGAAUGGACAAUCCAUGUUCAAGCUGGAUUUAACAUUGAGUUAAGAUUUUCCAUGCUGAGCCUGGAGUUUGACUAUGUGUGCCAGUAUGACUAUGUGGAGAUCCGUGAUGGGGACAAUUUGGACAGUCAAAUAAUAAAGAAAUUCUGUGGAAAUGAGAGGCCACCUCCCAUCCGAAGCACUGGGUCUUCACUCCAUGUCCUCUUCCAGUCCGAUGGAUCCAAGAACUUUGAUGGAUUUCAUGCUGUCUUUGAAGAAAUUACAGCUUGUUCUUCAUCUCCAUGUCUUCAUGAUGGGACGUGCAUUCUAGACAAAAGCAGCACCUACAAGUGUGCCUGUCUGGCUGGCUAUACAGGGAAUCGCUGUGAAAACUUGGUGAUGUGUAGGACUCCAGGUGCUCCCGCUCAUGGUAUUGUGGAAGGAGAUGACUUUAAAUACGGGGCCCAGGUUUACUUCAAGUGCAACGCAGGUUACAGCUUAAAAGGCAGCCGUGUUGCCUACUGUCAGCUUGAUGGGAUUUGGUCAACACAUCAUCCUGAAUGUGUUCUAGAAGAAAAAAACUGCUCAGAUCCUGGUGGCCCACUCAAUGGCUACAGAAGAGUAGUAGAAGACACUGGGCUCUUGAAUGGACGCUAUGCAAAAAUUGGCACAGUCAUUGCUUUCUUUUGUAACAACUCGUAUGUUCUUAGUGGAAAUGAACAAAGGACCUGCCAAGACGAUGGAGAAUGGUCAGGGAAGCAACCAAUCUGCAUAAAAGCCUGCAGAGAGCCAAAGAUCUCUGACCUGGUGAGACAGAAAGUUCUUCCAAUGCAGGUUCAGUCAAGAGAAACGCCUUUGCAUCAACUUUACUCUUCUGCAUUCAGCAAGCAAAAGCUUCAAAUCUAUCCAACCAAGAAGCCAGCACUGCCAUUUGGAGAACUGCCCCAGGGGUACCAGCACUUGCACACUCAGCUCCAGUACGAGUGCGUUUCUCCCUUCUAUCGCCGCCUGGGCAGCAGCAGGAGGACUUGCCUGAAGACAGGAAAAUGGAGUGGGAGAGCCCCUGUGUGUAUCCCAAUCUGUGGAAAAGCAGAAAACAUCACACUUAAGAAGGCAGCAACGUCUAUGAGGUGGCCGUGGCAAGCAGCCAUCUAUCGCACAGCCAACGGGGUGAAGGAGAGCAGCCUUCGGAAAGGGGCCUGGAUCCUGAUCUGCAGCGGGGCCCUGGUGAAUGAGCGCACCGUGGUGGUGGCAGCUCACUGUGUCACCGACCUGGGCAAGACCAUCGUGCUCAAGACAGCAGAGCUCAAGGUGGUUCUGGGGAAAUUCUACAGAGACGAUGACAGGGAUGAAAAGACCAUCCAGAACCUGAGGAUUUCUGCCAUCAUAGUGCAUCCCAAUUAUGACCCUAUUUUACUUGAUUCUGAUAUAGCUGUCAUAAAACUCUUGGACAAAGCCAGGAUCAGUAGUCGUGUUCAACCCAUUUGCUUGUCAUCUUCUCAUGACUUGACUUCAUCCACAGAGGAUUUGAAGAUUAUGGUUACUGGCUGGAAGGUAUUGGCUGACAUUAAAGAUCCUGGAUACAAGAAUGACACCAUCCGCAUGGGAGUUGUUCAGAUGGUGGAUUCACUGUUGUGUGAGCAACAGUAUGAGGAUAAUGGGAUACAAGUCAGCAUCACUGACAGUAUGUUCUGUGCCAAACAAGACCACACAGCCUUUUCUAAUAUCUGCCCUGCUGAGACUGGUGGGAUUGCAGCCAUAACUUUGCCAGGAAAAGCAUCUCCUGAGCUAAGGUGGCACCUGAUGGGAUUAGUGAGCUGGGGUUAUGAUAAAAGUUGCAGCCUAGAACUCUACAGUGGCUACACCAAAGCUCUUCCUUUCAAAGACUGGAUUGAGAAGAAUAUGAAAUAAAAAUCUGAGUCUGGAAAUGGCAUUUUAUAAUAUAAUAUCUCUCUCAGUCUCUGCUACUUUAGGCUUCUCAUCCCAGUGAUGAGACACAUCUGGGAUAAGGUUAAGGCAGACAGCCUGGUAAUUUGUCCUAGGAUCAGAUAUUUCAUCAGGCUACUUUUACUUAACCCAUGGCAGAGGGUCUUAGUGCAUGAGAAGUUUUUGCCAUAUUUUGUCUGACUCCCCUGGUGGGAAGAUGAUGCUCUGCUCCUGAAUCUGACGUGCAGAAGCAGGACAGUAAAUUCUGUCUGAAAUUAAUCUGUAGUGUGGAGUUCCCUGGAGAAAUUGAUGAUGAGCCUCUCCCAAAAAUCUGUGUGACUGGGUGGAUUAUGAGUCUGGAAAGAGUAGCCUGAAUUCAUUACAGGGGAUCAGCUUGUUGUGGUAUGUGCUGUCUGUAUUGCCACAGUACAAUGUAAUCUUCUUCCCUCCCAAGUACUUUACACAUUUAAAUAAACCAUGGUUUGU